CUUUUUUACGUAAAUAUGUUUGUAAAUAUGAACCCAAGUACAUAAAAUAUAUACAAAAAUAAAAUUGUCCUUUAAGCGAAAGUUUAUCAGUAGAAAUCCGUUUAUGUUCUAUUAUAUAUUGUAAUUGGGGACUGUAAGUAUGUUGGAUACCGAGAAUUUUGAAAGCCUUCUAUUGUACUAUGGACGAUCGGAGUUUUUUCAUAUUAUGCAAAAGACUGCCUUAGAUGGAUUGGCACGUUAUCCGUCACACAUUGUGUUUAGGCUGUACAAUGGCAUAGCUCUAGUCUUAGGAAAUCGAGUACAAGAGGGAAUACGUGAACUGAAUCCGUUGAAGAAUGAUUCUGACCUAGGUAUUGGAGCAGUUAUCGCACUUCUUUAUGCACACAAACACUGCAGUGUUGUCGAUCGCGAUGCAAUUGCCAUGCUUGAACAACGUUUAAAGGAUGACCACAACAAAGGAAGCGCCAAUGGAUUUUACAAUGCCUCAGUAUUCCUAUUCUUAGCAAGAAAGUAUGAAAAGGCUCGCGAGUAUGCUGAUAUAGCCCUUCAGCACGAUAAUCAGCAUGAAGGGUCAAUUGUACUGAAAGCGUGGACGGAAAUGUGUCAAGCUACCGACAUCAUUAGUGGAAAUAUACUAAAUACCCUUGAACAAGUGUUGACUAAGAGCAGCAAGAGUAUAGAUUCAACUUUAGCGCUGGUGCGAUUUUAUCAAAUGAGAGGCGAAUUCGAUAAUGCUGUUAACAAUCUCAAUAGACUUUCCGUGCGAUUUCCAGAACUUAAUAUACCAUUGAUUGAAAAAAUGAACACACAACUGGCCGCUUUGGAUUGGGAUCAUGCCUAUGAGACGGCUUUACGCAUAAUUAAUUUGGAACCUACCAAUAUAUCUGCUCUACAAGUUAAAGCUCUUCUAUUAAUUACACGUGAAGGAAAUAUGAAAGGUGGUAUUUCUACUCUGCAACAGUUACUUGUUGCCACUGAGCGUGUCGAGUCUAGUAAUUCGAAAAUUCUUUUAAAGAUAUGUCAGCUGUUUGCUCACAUAAGUUCUCGCAAUGUAGAAUUGUUGUCGCUUACUCUGCGCUUUAUUGACAAACUUAUUCAAGCAAAUCCUUCUGGCGUAGAAUACAUCGUUGAAUUAGGAAACGAACGCAUGCUAUUGGGAAAUAUCAAAGAGGCAGCGAUAUGUUAUCGCUCAGCAAUUAAAUUAGAAAGCAAUAAUUUUAACGCACUUUGCGGUCUUACAGCUUGUCAGUUGUUAGAACAUGGAUGUACAGAGCAGGCCCAACAACAAGUUGCAUUUUUGAGCGAGCUACGUCCAGGCGAUACUGAUGCAUUGCUUUUAUUUUUACGAGCUAAAAUUAUGCCCAGAAGUGACCAAGCGAUUGCACUUUUGACCAAAGCAUCCGAAAUUCAUAUCCGAAAACUGGAGGGACGUGCAUUUGGACCUGAAUAUGCUUAUAUUAUGAAUCCAGAAUUUUUAUUACAGAUUACAUCUGAAUUUUUGCGUCACUCACCAGUUCAAGUUCACAUUAAACAUGGCCUAAAUUUAUCUCAAGAUACAUUUCAUAUAACGCUUAAACAUUGCAUAACUAUUUUAGAUACCAUUCUUAAAUUUUGUCCUUCACACAUUCAAGCAAUAUUUAUGCGAGCUAAGGUGCAUUUCUUGUGUGGUGAAGUUUCUAUGGCAGCUACGAUUUUGCAAAGAAUUCUAAAUGACAUUGAUGUAACGUACACGGAUGCAUACCUGCUAUUGGCCCAGAUCCAAAUGCAGCAACAACUGUAUCCUAAGGCACUUCAGUCUCUUGAGUUGGCACUUUCAUAUAAUUUUGCAAUUCGAGAAAACCCCAGAUAUUAUUUGCUAUUGGGCAUUGGACAGCGUCACCAACAACAAUACACGGAAGCACAAAAAAGUUUAAUUUCUGCUAUGCACUUAGUGGGCAAUGAAACAUCACUACCAGAACGCAUACAGUCGCCCAACAGCCGAGCUCGAACUGAGUUACUCAGUAAUUUUACAGUCGCAGAUAAGGUAACCUUGUAUUUGGAAUUGAUUAGCACUUACAAAGAUAUUGGCGACAGUCAGGGAGUUUAUGAGAGCGAACGCUUACUUCAAUGUGCUAUGGAAGAAUUCAACGAAACAUCUGAAGAAGGACGUCUAGUUAUUGCUCAUGCUGAAUUCAUGUUACAAAAUGCUAACGUAAAUAAAGCCAUUGAGCUCCUAUCUGCAAUACAACCAGGACAAUCGUAUUACAUUCAGGCUAAAACUCAUUUGGCUAAUAUUCAUUUGCAAUAUCGUAAAGACCGUGUUGCGUUUGCAAGAUGUUUCAAAGAGCUGGUAGAAACAUGUCCUGAAUCUGAAAGUUACUUGAUGCUGGGUGAGGCUUAUAUGUCUAUUCAAGAACCAGAUUUAGCUGUUGACGCAUACCAGAAGGCUCUAGAGUUAAAUCCACACGAUUCUCAUUUGGCUAGUAAGUUGGGACGUGCUUAUGUUAAAACACAUCAAUACGUUAAAGCUAUACAAUUUUAUCAAGAGGCAUUGAAAAAUAGAAAUCAUUCGAGUUUAAAUUUAAAUUUAGCAGAACUGUAUUUGAAGUUACGGCAAUUUAAAAGUGCUGAAGAAACAUUAACGGAAAAUGAAGAUCAAAAACAAAUCGAACUGUUGGACAUUGAUGGAUUACAACUAAGAACCAAGAGGCUUUUAUUAUUGGCCCGCGUCCAUGAAAAGGCUGGAAAUAAUAAUAUUGCCAUGCAAAUUCUCAAUGAAGCUAAAGAAAAUCAAUAUAGAAUACAAAAGCGAAUUUCCGUUGAUCAAUCCGGAAGCCUUCAAGAGCAGAAUAAAACAUUAUCCAAAAUUUGUUUACUUAUGGCACAACAUUCCAUUAAUUUGAGAAAUAAUGAGCAGGCAUUAUCUUGUUUUAAAGAAUGUCUGAAAUAUACACCCAAUGAUAUUGAAGUAUUAACGUCGCUCGGUCGCCUCUACAUGCAAACAAAUGCAAUGGAAUUGUGUCGUGACGUAUGUCUGCAAAUUUUACAGAUUGACAGCAACCAUGAAGCUGCAUCUGUAAUGAUGGCUGAUCUGUCGUUUCGAAAAAUGGAUUUUGAAAAUGCUGCUUACCACUUCUCUCAGCUGUUGUUGGCUCAACCUUGUUAUUGGACAGCUUUAGCACGUUUAAUUGAAGUUAUGCGACGUUCUGGUUCACUACUGGAUGUUAUGCCAUUUUUACAGCGUGCCGAACAAGGAACUCUAAAUCCAAACCAAACUCCAGGACUUAACUACUGCAAGGGACUAUACGAAUGGUACAGUGGUAAUCCGAAUGGCGCACUGAGAUACUUUAAUGCAGCUAGAAGGGACUUUGAGUGGGGACCACAGGCUAUAUUUAAUAUGAUUGAAAUUUGUAUCAACCCUGAUGGCGACAUACCAAAUGGUACUGAUCUAUUGGAUAAUGGUGACAGUGGGGACUUUAGUGAUGCGCGCGCUAUAGCACUUCGAACUGCCGAUAGAUUGCUUAAAGAAUUACGCCCUCGACCAAUUGGCUUGGAUAAUGAGACUCUUAACCGUCGAAUGUUGCAGAACUUUUUAAAACUGGCCUCAAAGCAAAAGUUUCAAAUCGAAUCUGCUCUUCAGGAUUUUACUGAAUUGGCAGCGCGUGAUGAAUUUCAGUAUACUGUUGGACCAACAUUAGGCAUGGCCACUGGUCUCGUACAGUUAAAACAAACACAAAGGGCCAAAAAUCAUUUAAAACGUUUAGCUAGAGUUACUUGGAAUUUUGAAGAGGCCGAGUAUUUAGAGCGCAGUUGGCUUUUAUUAGCUGAUAUUUAUGUUAACGCCAACAAGUGGGACGUCGCUGAAAGUCUGGUUGAUAAAGUUCUUGAACAUAAUAAGUCCAGUGCAAAGGCAUACGAAUUGUCUGGGUAUAUAGCUGAAAAAUCUCAAAAUUAUAGGGACGCUGCUAAAAAUUACACCAGCGCAUGGAAUUGUUGUGGACGUUCUAAACCUCAUAUUGGAUAUAAACUUGCUUACAAUCAUAUGAAAAUAAAACGGUUUGCGGAUGCUAUUGAAAUUUGUCAGCAAGUGCUGAAAUUACAUCCCGAUUACACUAUAAUCCGUAAAGAUAUUCUUGAAAAAUGCCGAAAUAACUUAAGACCUUAAACAAUAAGUAAUACAUACAUACAUAAUUACGUUCUCAGAAAAAGCUGAAAAUUUAACAUUAACUUUAAUGUUUUUACUACCAAUUUUAAUACAAAAUAUGAGAACAAAUCGUAUAUUUGAAAGAGUAAAUGAAAAGGUUUACAUGACAUUACAAUAUUUGCUGAAUUCACAAAACUCCUUAUAUCAUUGUAUCGAGUGUAUUAUUGAAUCCAAAUACAAUAGUGUAAGCUUGUUGUUGGAAAUUUUCAUACAAAAAUAAAAAUACACUUUUAUUUUGUAUGUUUUUAAAAA